AUGUCUACGAUACUCGGUGACUCUGGAUAUCAACAAGGUAUUGGUCAGGAACUUGGUGUUAGUCAAGCAACGGUAUCUCGGACUGUGGAUAGAGUCGUAAACAGCAUAGUUGUACAGUCGAACGAAUGGAUCAAGUUUCCAACUACCAACCAUGAACUGAUGGAGGCCAAGCGAAUAUGGCGAAGCAUGUAUAAAUUUCCGACAGCAAUUGGUGAAACUGGAUGUACACAUAUAGGGAUCUUGAAACCAAAUCGCCAUGGAGACGAGUAUAUCAACCGAAAAGGGAAACCUACUUUAAAUGUGCAAGCCACUUGUGAUGCCAUAGAGAUGUUCACAAGUGUUGAUGUUGAACGACUGAUAUGGAUCAUACUCUGA